GACAAGAAAGUGUGAACGCGUCUUCUCGCAAGUGCGAGACGAGGAUGUGGAUCAACCUCGCGCGGAGCUUUUCGUGUUUUGUAACGUUGUUUACAAACAACCUGCUUCGACAUUGCUGGAGGGGAGAGGGGUAGAGAGACUGUCCGAGGAGUCUGGCGGGUUGCCAAGCCCGUUCUCGACGUCCGACGAGAACGAACGCUGUGCCGUGUUGACUCGGAGAGACUGAGACACGAGUUAGCUACUUCUCUUCGAAGCUCGCUGGAGGGCACGAGUCACAGAUGGCUGACGGCGAUCAACUCAAGUACUUGUCUGGAUUCGGCAAUGAAUUCACGUCUGAAGAUCCAAGAUGUCCCGGAGCUUUGCCUCAGGGCCAAAACAACCCACAGAAAUGCCCUUACGAACUCUAUGCAGAACAGCUGUCCGGGACUGCCUUCACAGCACCUCGGCAUGAGAACAAACGCUCUUGGCUCUACAGAAUACGACCGUCCGUGAUUCACCUCCCAUUCGAGAGAGUAACAUCUACACGCUUGGUGCAAAAAUGGAGCGAAAACCCUCCAAACCCAAAUCAGAUGCGUUGGUUGCCUUUCAAACUGCCGGGAGAUGAUGAAAAGGUAGACUUUGUUGAUGGCCUGUACACAGUCUGUGGGGCGGGGCAUCCCUCAACAAGGUCAGGGGUAGCAGUUCACGUCUUCCUGUGUAACACAUCCAUGGAAGACAAGUGUUUCUACAAUUCUGAUGGCGAUUUUCUCAUAGUGCCUCAAGAAGGAACACUUAACAUUACAACAGAAUUCGGCAAGAUGAAAGUUGCGCCCAACGAGAUAUGUGUUAUACAGCUAGGAAUGAGAUUCAGCGUUGCAGUAUCAGGGCCCACUCGUGGAUACAUUCUUGAAGUGUUUGAUGGCCACUUCCAGCUACCGAACCUAGGACCCAUCGGGGCAAAUGGCCUGGCAAACCCACGAGACUUCCUGACUCCCGUGGCGUGGUACGAAGACAGAGACGUGGACAGCUUCAAAGUAGUCUCCAAGUUCCAAGGUCACCUGUUCCAGGCGGAGCAAGGCCAUAGUCCAUUCGACGUGGUUGCCUGGCACGGAAACUACGUGCCAUACAAGUACAACCUCGCCAACUUCAUGGUGAUAAAUGCUGUGGAGUUCGACCACUGUGACCCAUCUAUCUUCACGGUGUUGACCUGCCCGUCUGCGAGACCUGGGACAGCCAUAGCCGACUUCGUGAUAUUCCCGCCUCGCUGGGCCGUGCAAGAACACACUUUCCGUCCACCCUAUUACCACAGGAACUGCAUGAGCGAGUUCAUGGGGCUGAUCCACGGCCGCUACGAGGCCAAAGAAGAGGGCUUCCUGCCGGGCGGUGCCUCACUCCACUCCACCAUGACACCCCAUGGCCCAGACACGCUGUGCUUCGAGGGAGCUUCCAACGCUGAGCUCCAGCCCGCGCGUUUAGCCGACGGCACUCAGGCCUUCAUGUUCGAGAGUUCGCUCAGCCUGACAGUGACCACUUGGGGUGAGGAAACAUGUCACAGACUGGACCAUUCCUACUACCAGUGCUGGCAGACCCUCAAAAAACACUUCAACCCUGCCCGCAAAAACCAGUAAUGCCAAUGGUCACCACUCAAAGGCUGCUAACAUGGACACUGCACUCUCUCUCCCCCCACGGAUCUUCAAAUGUAUUGUGUAAUUUAAUAACAAGUCAGGCUUUAGAAAAUCUUAUACACUAGUUUUGUCAGUGGUACAAUCUGAAGGAAGGCAGGUGAAAAAUAUAUGUAUUGGAAUAAACUAAAUGCUGAAAAA